UCCCUGUGCUUCUUCGCUCUGGUUCUGGCCUGUGCUGUGGAAUGCCAGCAAACAAUGCUUGUAGAAACCCCGAGUCCCCCACCAGAGCCAGCAAGGGGUCCCUGGAGCCUGGUUCAGGGCAAGGUGAAGGAGUUCAUGGAGCCAUUGGUGACCAGGACCAGAGAAAGGUGGCAGUGGUUCUGGGGCCCUAGUGCCUUUCAGGGCUUUCUGCAGACCUACUAUGAAGACCACCUGAAGGACCUGGGGCCCCGCACACGGGCCUGGCUGCGCAGCUCCAAGGACAACCUCGUCAACAAGGCCCACAGCAUGUGUCCCCAGCUUUUCUGUGGGGACAGGAUAUAGGAUGAACUUGUCUCCAGCCUCUACAAUAAAGAAACUCUGAUCCAUAUCCCUGUCGGAUCCCUCCCAA